AUGCGCUUCCCGCCCUUCUCGAGCUUUGUCCGCACAUUUGUCGCCUUCACCAACGCCACAGCUCAUCUUCGACCGACCGCUCAGCGAACGCUCGCACCGCCAUUGAACACCUUCGGUUUGAGAUCUAUGCCAACAAUUCCAUUUCUCAGCUCCUUCUUUGGCACAUCAACUUCUGCAUCUGACAAGAUGUCGUACCCAGACCAACGCUCGAACGACGAAUGGCAUGCCGUGUUAAACAAAGAGCAGUUUCGAGUACUCCGCGAAAAGGGCACGGAGGCGCCUUUCUCUCACGAGUUCGACAAGCACCAUCCCAACGCAGGAGUCUAUACAUGCGCCGGCUGCGAUGCGCCGCUGUACAAAGCCAAUCACAAGUUCAAAUCAGGCUGCGGAUGGCCUGCAUAUUUUGACAGCAUCCCUGGCGCUGUGACUCGUCAUACCGAUAGUAGUUUUGGCAUGGAGAGGACUGAGAUCGUGUGUAGUAAGUGCGGUGGCCACUUGGGUCAUGUAUUCAAGGGUGAAGGGUACAACACGCCUACGGAUGAGCGGCAUUGCGUCAAUGGCAUCAGCCUCAAGUUCAACAAGGACGACCCGCAAACGAGCGGGAACGGUGAGGCUAAGUAG